AUGAUAUCAUUAUGUUUUCUGUGCGCAUGCGCAAAAUCUCGUGUAUGGGUUGCAGCGGUUGUAAACAAAGCGACACAGUAAACGUCAGUAAAGGUCUGACCAAACAUCAGGAAGUGAGGACAUUUGGAUUGUUAUACUGACUGUGGAUAUGAAAGGGCAACAGAAAAGUUCUGAUCCUGAUGUCAGUGUCAUUGAAGAAGGGGCAGUUGCCACUGCGGAGGACCCAUCGGCAAUCACAACUAUUCAGUCCGCUUCUACGUUCACCUCCGAGCAGCCGAUUAAAUAUCUGUUCAAGACCGAGGGAGCUGGGGGGCAGGUAGGGGAGCUGUACCCUCCCACAGGGCAGGUUACAUAUCGAGUGAUCCAGGUUGCGGAUGGACAGCUGGAAGCGCAAGCGGACGGUGCAACGGCUGUUAGUGUAGUGACUGGGUUUCCUGCUACAACGCAACCUGUUACACAGGCUGUGUUUUCUCAGUCUGAGGGUUUAGAGGGAGACGGCACAGAAACCCAUUACACGUAUUACCCUGCUACUAUCUCAGAUUCUGCAACAGGCACUAUGGUGACCGGUGUUCAGGCCUCAGAUGCUCUGCUCAGUCAAAGUGCACCUGGAGGUCAGUUGUAUGUUAUGAUGUCACCACAAGAGGUCCUUACUGGAGCCAACCAGAGGUCUAUUGCACCUCGUACACAACCUUACAAUGCUAAGACAGAAGGACCAAGAAAUUCAAGAGAUGAGAAAAGACGGGCACAGCACAAUGAAGUUGAGAGAAGGCGCAGAGACAAAAUUAAUAACUGGAUUGUUCAGCUUUCAAAAACAAUUCCAGACUGCACGGUGGAUUCCACUAAAACAGGGCAGAGUAAAGGUGGGAUCCUAUCAAAGGCCUGUGAUUACAUUCAAGAGCUACGACAAAGUAACAGUCGGUUAGGAGAUGAAUUGAACAACCUUGAAAGGUUAAGAAUGGAUAACCAGUUGUUACGGCAAGAGAUGGAAGAUUGGAAAUCUAAAAAUCAAAUUUUGAGGAACCAUCUUCGACAGCAUGGCAUAGUCGCAGCAGCAACUGCAGAUCCCCAGUGAAGAGUAUUAAAGAUGUUUUUGUUCAUAAAAAACAACACUAGAAAUUCAGAAGAAAGAGAGCUUUGUUUUCUAAACAAUACAUAAGCAGGACUUUUUACUCAACGAUAUUCGGUGAUGAUUCUCACUAAGUAAGGAUCUUGCCUUAUGUACAUAUUUCUUUUUUUACCCAAGCUUUUUCCAGACAUUAAUGUAUUUAGGUUUGUUUUAUGUACUAUGAGAGCUUGAAGGAAUUUAUUCACUUUUGUACUUACAAUCUUUUUUGGAAGACUGUUCAUUCAAAUCUUUGUGUUUCAUGUUUCUUACUUUUGUGAAGUGAUGAUAAUUUAAUUUUUUAAAUAAUAAGCAUUUUUAGUAACUUCUUUUCAGUUGCACCUGAUACAGUGUCAUCAUAGUAGUUCCCAUAUGCCAACUACUCAAAUAAACAUACAAUGAAAUGAA